AUAUAUGGCACGACUGUUCUAAUGUUUCUAAAGGCACUCAGCGUUUGUCUGAUUCUUUUCAUUAUUAACUCAGUAACGUGCACCGUACCUUCAUUAGGAGCAAACGUAUCUUCUUCGUGUUCACCCAAUACAUCAGUAAGCUACAGUGAACGAUGCAACUUCUCUUGUCCGACUGAUUAUAACCUAAUUGGUCCAUCGUCUGUUAACUGCACGGGCUCAGGAGAUUUCUCAGAACCAUUUCCUGAAUGUGUGGUAACAACACUGGUUACAACACCUGAAACAACACCAGAAACUACAACAGGUAGUACACCAGGCACAACACCAGGAACAACACAGGUUACAACACCUGAAACAACACCAGAAACUGCAACAGGUAGUACACCAGGCACAAAACCAGGAACAACACCGGCAUCAACACCGGUAACAACACCUCAAACAACACCAGAAACUACAACAGGUACUACACCAGGCACAACACCAGGAACAACACCGGUUACAAUAUCUGAAACAACACCAGAGACUACAACAGGUACUACACCAGGCACAACACCAGGAACAACACCGGCAUCAACACCGGUAACAACACCUCAAACAACACCAGAAACUACAACAGGUACUACACCAGGCACAACACCAGGAACAACACCGGUUACAAUAUCUGAAACAACACCAGAAACAACAACAGGUACUACACCAGGCACAACACCAGUAACAACACCGGUUACAACACCUGAAACAACACCAGCAACUACAAGAGGUACUGCACCAGGCACAACACCAGGAACAACACCGGUUACAAUAUCUGAAACAACACCAGAAACAACAACAGGUACUACACCAGGCACAACACCAGUAACAACACCGGUAACAACACCGGAAACUACAACAGGUACUACACCAGGCACAACACCAGGAACAACACCGGCAUCAACACCGGUAACAACACCUCAAAAAACACCAGAAACUACAACAGGUACUACACCAGGCACAACACCAGUAACAACACCGGUAACAACACCAGAAACUACAACAGGUACUACACCAGGCAGAACACCAGGAACAACGACGGUUACAAUAUCUGAAACAACACCAGAAACUACAAGAGGUACUACACCAGGCACAACACCAGCAUCGUUUAUAACAGAGGUCGAACAGUCUGAGGGUAGCAAUCGAAGAAAACGUGCAGCUGUUCCCAUCGGGUCAACAGUGGUACAGAACCUGCUGGAUUCAAUCGUGAAUGCUGUCGACAUUCUUCCAGAAGUAAAUAGUGUAAAUGGAAUAGCCAUUUCAGCGAAUGAUGAUACCAUUGAUCUCAUCACAGCAAGGGUCAGACUGGACGUGACCUUUAAGAGUGACAUCACGAUUCAACAGUUGAGAUUACUCAUGAUAGCCUCUAUCAACAACAUCCCUGGAGUCAACGUUCAAAGUUUUGAGUUGCUGACUGAUCCAUGUUCAUUGGAUAAUCCUUGUGGUAAUGGAGAAACAUGUGAAAGGGUCGAGCCCGGCUCUGCGAAUGUCACCUGCAUUCCUCAAAUUGGCAGUCCAACAGCUCUUAUCAUCGCCCUGCCCAUCGUGGCCGUCCUGGUCAUUCUCAUCCUUCUUACCGUGGGUUACCUUGCACGUUUCUACCGUGGCCAGAGGUGGCAAAUGGAGACUAUGUACGGUGUAUCGCAUGGCAUGACGGGUCACUUCAAGAAGGACACCAGUCGGAAUAGGCGUUCUAGACCGUCACGAUACCAGCAGACCGAACACUUUGUACACGAAAGCACUUCGGGAGCGAGACGAAAGCGGAGCAGAAGUGUCGGCCACCUGUCUUCGGGACACAUCAACCCUCCAUUCGUGCACGAAUACAAGGAUGGGCAAGAGAUGGGCUGGAGAUUGAAUACUGGAGAGGUGUUUCGUCAUGAUAGCGAAGCCCAGGGCUUGCCCUAUCGGCAGACGGUAGACGACAAUGGAUUUUCAUAUAGAUAUCGAACAGCCAGUGGUUACUGGACAGAGGCGUCCUACUCAAACGGCGCCCCAAAAAGGAAUGGCCAGGAUAAAUUCUACCAUGGAUCCUUGGACACGUACUUUUAAACGAGUACGUGAAAACCAGACAGAGAUUUGUCAUGAGGUUGAGAGGGGUGACCUAUUCAUGCAUCCAGUAGCGUAUUCGGUAUGGAAUUGAGCUAGCAUAGUCCCUCCCCCCACCCUGUUUAGAUUCCUUGACACACAAAGGAAUACUUCUUCUUGACGUCGGCCCUAUGUCGUCCUCAUGUUGGGUUUCCAUUCUAUUCCACAUUUCUCUCUGGUUGGGAUGCCCCCACCAUUGCUGGAUACGCCAUUGUACUUAUCUAUUCUUAUGCCUUCACUUAGCUCUGUGUGACUUUUGCUAUGGUUUCUUUUACUUGCCUUUCGUAGAUUACUGUUAACGGCAUAAAUAUAAGCUUAAAAUUCAACCUUGCAAACCUUUUGUAUGUUGAACUAAGUUGUGUUUGCUAUAUACAGGGUGUCCAAAAAGCAAAUGCAACAAGAUUUUGAUUGGUAACAUGUGGCUGUGUGCAAACACUGACAAGGGUUUGUGCUUGUACACUAGAUGAUUGCCGGGAUUAACGCCCGUGGUUCGAUUUGUUACAUCAAGGGAUGCAGCUGAUUUGAGAUUAGUGUUACAAUUAAUUAUUAUUUACGAUAACAUGAUAUCAAUAAUUUUGUGAUAUAUUUUAAGAAAAAAGUAGUAACCUAAACGUGUAUAUGGUGCCGCCUUCUACUUUCUCUUCUAUCAUACUUCAAAAUUUGUAUUCCUAUAUUAUUAUAAAUGUAUGAUCAUACAUUACAUGCCUCUUAGUGACAGUACUUGAGAUGUACGUAAACUGCCAUAUAUUGCUCAAAAUGUUAUGUGUCGACCGCCGUGUCCCAUAUUGCAUCACCAACUUCAUGACGCGCGCAUGAUGACGCUUGGGUUCAGAAACCGGAAAUCGCUUCUAUAUGUACAUGUACACCUUAAAAGAAGAGUGGCACAUUUGAAAAUACACUACAUCAGUGGUAGCGAUGUUGGUAAAACACCUUGCUUUUAUUUAAAAAGGGAUCUUGUAUUUCUACUUGUCUCAAAUUUUAAUGGAGGCAUAUUUUAGCGAAAUGUUGCUUUAUUUUAAGAACGCUACCCUGAAAUCCAAUGUGUUGCAUAUAACCGGCCGCUCGAAAGGACUUCAUACAAAAUCAACCAUUUAAGCACCUUCUCGGAAGUGUGUGAACAUUACAAGGACGUAUUGCCUAAUCUGUAAACAAUGUACGUGUAUGUAGGCAAUACUACCACCGUGUAUUGAAAAUUGAUAUCUAGAAAGUAUUGGUGAUUCUUAUAUUUUGUUGUCGUUAGUAGAAUUAUUAUUGUUAUUAUUUUCAUUGUUGAUGUUAUUCAUAUCAUUUUGAUAAUUAUUGUUAUCACCAUAUAUUAUUAUGCUGCUUUAUAUUGCAGCUGAACUAUACUAUAUACUUUUGGAAAAUAAUUUACAUUUUUAUAACAGUACUAUUUCGAAUAUGCAUGAUAUAUGUUUUUUAUCAAAUCAAUGCAUUUAAGCAGAAUCCUAUAUUUGAUUGGAUUGGUUGAAAUGGGGCUUGUACUUUGUUGCUAUAUAUUCAGAUAUCGAAAUAACUAAGAUUCGAUUUAUGUUAUUUUCAACAUUUCAAUCAGUCAUGAACUUAAAUGAUAGAAUUUAAAAAAUGAUUAUUAAGAAUUACUAUUCAUUCAUGAUAAAAAAUUCCUAUCCUUCGGAACCGAUGGCAAAGACUUCAAUGAAAUCAUCCUAAGAAAAUUUCAAUAGCUUUUUGCCUCACGUUUUGAAAUGUGCGAAGAUUGCGAUGACAUAAUUUACAUUUGUUAUAGUCCUGCUUUUUUCCAUGCAUGAUUCAUAUUAUAAGACAGUUGAUAUCGUGUAGUCCAUGUGUAUACAUGUAUUUAGAAUGUAAUUAUGUUGUAGUUCUUUCAUGUACAAAAGAAAAGAGGGGGAACAUAAGGGCCAUAUUGAAACACAGAUGUUGAAUAAAGAUAUAUUUAUUGUAUUUACAA